AAGCAGUCAGAAAAAGAACGGGAAUGCUGUUCAGGAAAUUCUUCAGGCAUGGGCAGGGACUUGGCUGCGAUUCUGCAGCUGGAAAAUCUGACUGGGGCAGCUUCUGAACGCAGACUGGGCCUGCUCACCCUCGGCAGGCCGAGUGGCUGCCUCCUUCCAGCCGCUCCACACACGCCUGGAUUGCGGGAUUCAUCAGCAGUGCUGUGAAGCUGAGGAGAGAUGCCUCAGGAACAGUACACCCAUCACCGGGCCACCAUGCCCAGCGCUGAGGGGCCGCAGGUAUACAAAGUGGGGAUUUAUGGCUGGCGGAAAAGAUGCCUGUAUUUCUUUGUCCUACUCCUGAUGAUUUUAAUACUGGUGAACUUGGCCAUGACCAUCUGGAUUCUCAAAGUCAUGAACUUCACAAUUGAUGGAAUGGGAAACUUGAGAAUCACAGAAAAAGGUCUAAAGCUAGAAGGAGACUCAGAAUUCUUGCAACCUCUCUACGCCAAAGAAAUCCAGUCCCGACCAGGUAACGCCCUAUACUUCAAAUCUGCCAGAAAUGUUACAGUGAACAUCCUCAAUGAACAGACUAAAGUACUAACUCAGCUGAUAACAGGGCCAAAAGCCGUAGAAGCUUAUGGCAAAAAGUUUGAGGUAAAGACGGUUUCUGGAAAAUUGCUCUUCUCUGCAGAUAACAAUGAAGUGGUAGUAGGAGCCGAGAGAUUACGAGUUUUAGGAGCAGAGGGCACAGUGUUCCCUAAAUCUAUAGAGACACCUAAUGUCAGGGCAGAUCCCUUCAAGGAACUAAGGUUGGAGUCCCCGACCCGGUCUCUGGUGAUGGAGGCCCCAAAAGGAGUCGAAAUAAAUGCAGAAGCUGGCAACAUGGAAGCCACCUGCAGAACAGAGCUGAGACUGGAGUCCAAAGAUGGAGAGAUUAAGUUAGAUGCUGCGAAAAUCAAGCUACCUAGACUGCCUCAUGGAUCCUAUGCGCCCGCAGGAGUGAGGCAGAAGGUGUUCGAGAUCUGCGUCUGCGCCAACGGGAGGUUAUUCCUGUCCCAGGCAGGAGCCGGUUCCACCUGUCAGAUAAACACAAGUGUCUGCCUGUGAGAGACCAUCAGGAGUGGACACUGUCGGCAGCAUCCAGGCCUUUUUUGGCUUUAGACCCUGGCUGCCAGCUAUUUUUACUAGAACACGGAAAGCCUAUCAAAGACCUUGUGUGUAUGUGCGUGCGUGCGUGCGUGUGUGUGUGUGUAUGCGUGAGUGUGUUUGCGUGUGUGGGUGGAUAUAAAUAUAUAUAAAUAUAUAUAAAUAAAUAUAUAUAUCCUCUGUAUAAAAUGAGGUUUCAGUACAAAAGGAACCAUGGGUGACCCUGUGAUAUCCACUGUCAUUGCUAUCCCAACCCUGUCACAUACAUGAUAAAAUCAAAACACUAAUUUGGGCCUAAUAUUCUCCAGACCCUGCUGAAUCACACAGUGUAUCGACACUUACUGAAUAUCUGCCUACAUGUUUGAGUAACAGCCUGUCUUUGCCUUUAGUGUCAUCACAAGGCAGUGAUGGCGGGAAUUUGCAAGUCGCCCUCAGGGGCUAAGACCCUUGUAGUAAAAGCAGACCCUUAGUUCCCUUUAUGAGCUUCCACACAGCCAGCCAUCUUCUCCCUCUUCAAGUCAAGUCCCUCUAGAAGUCAGACAGAGGAACUCAGACUGGCUGUGCUACUUUGGCAUCCAAAUGCAUCCAGGCUUUCAUGGUUGUAGGAAUUUGGAGGAUGGAUUUUAGCAAAGUUUGAAUGACUCUCCCAACUCCUGCUAGCCUCCUUCCUUCAAACUCACAUAUUAUCCCACAGUCAAAACAGGAGCUGUAAAUCAGCACAAAAUAGGACAACAGCUGCUCCUCAGUCGGCUGGAAGCUACUCAGUGGCCUGACAGACUAAGAAUAAAUGGCCGAUAUGUCUCUGUUUAAAGGCAAAAAAUGGCUCAAAAUCUGUUACAUCCUCACUUUUGAAUUUUAUGCAGUGGAGUCAUACCCAAAAUGAUCACGUCAAUCCAAACCCUUAAGAAUGGAACCCCCUACCCCCAUGAGAAGCUAUUUGGAGGUGGAAGUCAAAGAGUGGCAUAGGGAACAGAAUUAUUUUUAAAUAUAUUUCUGGGGACUGGUAGGUCAUUUAGAGGCAUGCCUUUUAUUUUUAAAGGCAUGCACAAACUCUCUGCCUCCAGUCUUCUUACCUAGUUUUUCAGUAUUGGGAUAUUCAUUUUCCUAAAUUGACUGUCGUUUUCUCUAAGAAUAGUGACCCAAGAAUCACAGCCAUGAAGUACCAUGUGCCCCAGGAAUGUUCACUGAACAUUACUCUAGACAGGAGUCAAGUGUCUUCCUUAGAAUCGCUGUGUCCCCUGGGGCCCAGUGGUCCCUGCUCCCCUGCAUGUGGCAGCAGCUCCCUAAUUCCCGCCAUCAGCUACCUCCCAUCACCCCACUUUCAUCAUCACACUCCAGGGUCACCCUGGCCAGCUCUUGUGCUGGGACAGGAGAUUACACCGUCUCUGUUCAAAGAGGGGGAAAUGUGCCUGUGCCUUACGUCAAUGCACUCAGCAAGGAGAAGCACAUCCUGUUUAUCUUGUUACCUGUAGUUUAUUUUGGGUGAUUGGAGGGAAAGGGUGAAAUAAUGACCGGGCAUCUUAAAAGCUGGUAGACAACCAAAUGACUGACAGAUGUGGACUCCGAAGAGCCCGGAAGGGAGACAUAACCGACUGACUCCUAUCGCCUUGGAUGCCACUUGGCAAGCAGUGGCCCCACAGUCCUAAAUGAAGUCUUAUUUGUAGGCCUGAAUGGCAUUUGUUUUUUCCUCAACAGGGUUCUACUUUUUCUUACUUCAUAAGCAGAGGUGACAUUUGCCAUAGAAAAUGAAUAAGAGGUUUGGUAUUUUUGAGAUGACACUCCAGCAUCGGGGGGCUGAGAUUGCACACAUGGGAGGUAAAAACAAACUGUGUGUUGCUUGGUCACUUAGCAGUGGGGGGGAGAGGGAUGGUUCUAGCUUGACCAGUGGCUCUGCUGGCUCCCAGACCCCGGGCUCCCUCCAGUCACUCCUGCUCAAUAUCCAUACAGAACUGGGUUGCUCAACUGUGAGACCAUGUGAUUGCUUAUUUUGCAGCAUUAGGGUCUAAAAAAGAAAAUGGUAAAAAAAAAAAAAAAAAUCCAGUUGCUCUGGCUCAGUACUAUUUAUAUCAUGUAGGAUCACACUGCCAGAAUCUGCAUGUACCAUAUCCAGGGUUAUUCCAAGCCAAGAAAGGCCCUCCUUGGCAACUUGGAGCAUCUACCCCAUAUCUUUCAGAUCAGCAGUAAUUAUGAGGCCCUUUGUGGCUACAUAACUGAAGACAAAGGGGUUUUGUGUUUUGUUGGUUUUUUUUUUUUUUUAACAGACAAACCAUCUUUGCAUUUUGUCAUCUCAAGUACCUGUUCUAAGGAUGACAAAGAAACGGAAGGUUCACUGAGCUCUUUCAUCUAAUUUUGUUCUAAUUGUUAAAUGAAAGUCUGAGAGGAGCACCUUGGGAAUUUUAUGCCAAUAAAAAGGAGUGGUAUGAUCCCAUUUGUAAAAUUUAAUUCUAAAGGUACUCAGAUCACAAAUAGAAUAAAAAGAAUAAUAGCAACCAAGAAUAGAAAUCAAGCACCUAUGGGGAUAGACACGAUAUAAAAUUCUGAUUUUCAUUUGUGCUAAGUGACUACAAUAUAGGUAAUGAGCAGGAAGUUUGGCAUGGAUUAAAUUAUGUAUUACAGUUCAGACUUUAGAAUUCGGUAAAUGCAUAUUAAGUGCUCAAUGUACAUUUUUCCCCCUAACUUCCUCCAUGUCCCUGCUCAUGACAAAACAUUUUACCUGAAUUCUGGGAAAAAAAAAAUCUCUUUUACAUUAAAAUCUGAUAAUUUUAAUUUAUAACAAUGAGAUUCUUUCUAAUCUUUAUAUACAGUAUCUUCUAGACAAUCACAUCUCUCAGAAUAUUAAGCAGUGGGUGGCGUAAUGAAGAGCUUAAAUGAAUUUUCAAUAUUCUAGAAGUUCUAGUAUUUUAAUAUUUUUUAGGAAAGUUUCAUCUCCAAAUGUUUAGCACCUAGUUCUAUUGGAUAUCUGCUAAUAAGUUGUUAAAGUUGAGUCUUAAGAGAUGACUAGUAUGAAGGAGGUUUUCAAAAGCCCUUUUGGUGUCAUCAGUCUAGGUGGAAACUUGAUAUGAAGCUUUAUCUUUCUGUUACCCAAGAGACAGAACCUAUUAACUUGAACUGGCUUUUAACUUCAUUUAGGUCAGUUUCCCUUGGUUGAUUUUCAUUGUAUGCCCAGCACCACAGACCAAAGAUUGCUUGAGUCUUGACUCUAGCACAGGGGUCAACAAACUCUGGUCCCUAAGCCAAAUGGGACUCAUCACUUGUUUUUGUAAAUAAAGUUUUAUUUUAACACAGCCACAUCCAUCCACUUACAUGUUAUGGAUAGCUGAUUGCAUACUGGACCAGCAGGGUUGGGUGUCUGUGCCAGAAACCUCGUGGCCCACGAAACACAGUUACUAAUUGAUUUUUCAGUAAAAGUUUGCUGACGCUUGGCAUAGAGGUCAUGUGUAGGCUCAUCUGUGUUGGACACAGCAGGAGAGAAAGCAGGUCAUAGCAAUACAUUUCCAGGCAUGCUUGGAAAUAUAAAUAUGUGGUUAUAGAAAAGAUGUUCCACCUUACAUUGCACGUAAAAAAUAUCCACUUGUCUGAGAAACACAGGCUCAUAGGAUUCUUGGGAAGAGGGAAGAUGGAAUUAGGGAAGGGUUGAGUGAAAGAGGAAAGCUGUGAUCAUCCAAAAGGUUUUCCUAGGACCCUUAAUAUAUAGCGGUUCCUUGGGUCAGCAUCAUUGUGUGACAUGAAGUGAAGCAGGGGUCCUUUGAUUUAUAUCUAGAAUCUCUUUCCUGAAGAGACUAUUUCUGCAGUCUCUGCUUAGAGGUUUCUAUCUCACCUUCUCAUAUUCCAGAAAGAUGUCCAUUCCAUGGUCCUCUGAAGAAUAUUUUUGACUUAACACAUCUUUUUGGCAUCCAUCACCUCAAUUAUUCACACCCACGGCAGACUUGCUCUCUUAUGACUACAACAGGCCUGAAGAGUUGGCAGGACCAAUAAAUAAUUUGAAAUAUUCAAAGGAAUAUCUUAAAAUAACAUCAGUUAUGAAUGAUUCUUUGUAAGUACUAGUAUUCCUGUUAGGGAAGGAAAGGUGUUUAUUUUUUUUACCCACCAUUUACUAGACCCUAAUCGACAUUAGCUAAAGGAGUCCUUCAGCAUUUUAUCUGGAUUCAACUAAAAGAGGAUUAAACUGGCCUUCACAGGAGCAGCUACAUGAGAAUAUCUUGAUUUAUUUUAGGCAAAAGGUAGCCUGAUGUUUGAACCAAGGAAGUAAACAGAUCCAUUUAAGCACUAGAUCCUUAUUUUUUUAAGGCUCUCCGAAAGGUGAAAAUCCCAUUUAAGUAGGUUGUAAACAAGACACCUUCUCUCUAUUUCUCUUGCUCUGAGAAAUCUUAGGCACAAAAAGAAUAACAAAGCAGUUCCUGGAAUGAAACAUUUGCAUGGGGCCCCAGUAGCAGGUAGCGGGGGGAAAAGUCAUAAUAAAAGAAACAACCUUAGAAAACAGGCCUUUUAUCUCAAAGAUAAAAUGUCUCUCUUUUGGUCUUUCAUCACCUUUUCCUCAGUGGAAAGCUCCCCCUAGUCCCAACAUAUUUCCACUAAAAUAGUCAAAGCUACUGCACUGGGGUGUCAGAUGCAUCUCUUUCUUUGUGGUAAUCAGAAUUUCAAAUUACACAGUUGCCUCUGAAUUUCUCAUUCACAAAGCUAAACCACUGAUAAGAGAUAAAGCACUCUGAAGCCCGCUGCUUCAGCCAGCACAGCACACCGCACACAUUAGCACUUUCAAAAGCAAUGUGAUUUCUAUGGUUCUUAAAAGCUUUCUUCAUAAUGGAGUCCUUGAAAUUUCUCAAGACAGGUCUGAAUGGCAAAGGGAAAGAAAUUAUUUGUGGGAGGUCCUCGUUUUGAGUAUUGUUAGAGCACAAGAAUAAAAUAAAACACCCCCUUGGGGGUGACCCAUGAUCUAUGGGCUAUUUUCUUUGGUUUUAUCCAACCGCACAUCUUCCUUUCUUUAGGUACUGACAGAUUAGGAUAUUAGCAUCUUCCCCUGAAAAAAAAAAGAGCAGUUCAAAGGAAGCAACAAGAGGUGUGAUAUCAGAACAGUAUUAAGGAUGUUAACCAAAUCCAUCAGUAAAUAGUCUCAAACAUACCAACAGCAAUGCUGACUUCUUAACUUCUGCCCAACAGUAGUAAUAUCAGUUCCACCUCCAUGAGGUUUUCAACUGAACAGAGGAAAACACUAUCAACAGGAAGUAUUUUUAGAGUUCAAAUCCAGCUGCCGCAAUGGGAAACCAGAAUAGUAUUCCAAAACACCCUGUUAGGCACAUAGACACCCUCACUAGACAGUGAAGGGGUUUUGCUCCAUCACUGAACAUGACCUAAAGUCAGACAAUAAAACAAGCUGCCCUCUUUCAGGCAAGAGAGAAGACCUGUCUUACCUAAAAUCUAUUCUGCACUCCUAGACUCAUCUGGUAAUCCCAUUUCUUUAUUGUCUUCACAGCCUAAUUCUAUAUGUGCAUUAUUCUGGUGAAAUCAGAGAGAACUCAGAUUUCCUAAAUCCCAAAUUGAUCCAUAAGGUUACAAAGGAGCAGUAUAGCAAAGUACUGUCUAAGGACAAAAGAUAUUUGAUGACUAGGAAGACACUGAUGCUUCUUUAGUCACCAUAUUUAUAUAAUUCACGAGGUCCUAACAUUUGGGAGGAUGUCAUAGCUUCUUUGAGGAUCUGAGCAAGUUGUGAACCUUCUUCUCAAAUCACACCCAUGAAUCUUGCAAAAGGUCAGAGAGGUCUCCUUGGACCCACAGCCUAUUCUAAAACAUGGCAAGAGCUGAGUUCUAUUUCUCCAAUUAUAAUGAUAAUUUUUAUGAACUAGUAUUCAUUGAGCACUAUGUGCUAGCCACUGUGCUGAGUGUUUUAUAUUCAUCCACUUAUUUCAUCCUCAAAACAAUCCUUUGAGUUUGGUCCCAUUAUAGUUCUAAUCUACAGAUGUAGAAACUGAGGCUUAGAAGGCUGGGAAACCUGCUCAAAGUCACUAGUUAGAAAAGGGCAGAGCUGGAAUGCGGGUCUAACUCCAGACCACUAUGCUAUGAAGUCACCAGCAGGUCAAGCUAUUUGUCAAGCUGUUAAGAAAUGUCUCCUACCAGUUUUUUAACUAGUCCUUCUUGUGUGGAUGAGACUAUAAAAUUGUAUCUCCUUUCUUUCUAUCUUGUCUCAUGAGUGACAGUAUCCAGCACCAAAAGAGAGAUACCUAUGGUAAAAAUAUAGAAGGUCUGAGUAACAGAAUCUGGUACCAAAAAAAAAAAAAAAAAAAACCAAAUAGUUUGCUUUAUGAUUCUUGUUAAAUCAAGCUCCUUCUCCUUAUAAAUUGAAAGAUGCCUGGGUUGUCAGCCUUACAUUUAAGAGUUAAACUUUAAUCCUCAAUGAUCUAUAGUUGAGGCUACACAGAUAAGCAUUUCUGCUCACACAAUUCUCCUUGCCCUGUAUUUCACUUCAAAAGACAAAUGUCUUAUUUUAGGUGGCUAUCAUUCUUCCCUACAUUUAGUUGUGGCAAGACUCCAGGAGAGAAUCAAAUAGAAAGGAACUCAACUGUCUGUAUUUCCCUACAAGAAAAUAAGACUGGCAGGAAUUCAGUUAGCACCGGGCAUUCAGGACCAAGCUGGCCCCUCUGGCUGGGAUAAUGGUUUGAAUCUCACCCCCCGUACCUGGUCAGUCAUCACUAAUGGCCCAUAACCCCACCUACCCCACGUGCAGAAUUUUUCUUACCAAAGCACUCAGGCCAUCAUUACCAAUUGAGCUGAGUUGGAAAGGGGACCCACCUGCCAAUUCUUGUUGCAACAGCAGCACCCUUUAACCUUGAACCUGUACGGUUGACACCCGUGUCCUAGUUUCAGCAAAGAGGCUGGUGGCAUCCCAGUGACUGAGGGAGCAGAUGAGUGCAUCUGAAGGUCCUUAUAGCUUCGUGGCUUUGGGGCACUUUCAUCUUCUAAGCCAAGGGAUCAGGGUUUGAUCUCUAAGAGUUCAAAGACUUAAAAUCAUUUUGAAGAAUUAACUCGGCCAGGGACAAUUGGAACAGGCUAAACUAGUAUGCCCUUGUGCAGCUCCUGCUAGUCUGCCCCCACCCAGAGCUUCGUAGUGGCGCAGUGGCAGAGGGUGGGUCUGUCCUGCUUUUUCUGUGUGUUCUCCACAUCACACGUCUGACCCCUGGAGGGCUGCAGACAGAGCCUCUCAUUGCUCCUGACACAGUCAAUCCCAGUGCUAACCAGGGUCCUGGCGUGCUCCCGUGGCUCUGCCACCUCUCAAACCUUAGUAAAGGGAUGAACUAAAAAUGUCAAAUAUCCUGUUUUAGGGUAAGUCAUUCAGGGAUUUUCUUUUACUGAUGUAUGCAUCCAAACAGCAAAUUAGGAAGGGGUAUCUUUAAAGGGUCUCAUGGAACUAACAUCACCAGAGCCAGCACUCAGGUUCCCUAGCAGAGACAGGAGAUCUUGGCAAAGUAGAAGCAAGAGUCUGCAAACCUGAAUUUGGGGUGGACACAAAACUAACCUGAUUUAUAGGUAGUGUUUGGUGAGGCAGUGAUAGAGUUUGCGAUCUGUUAGCCACCUGCCCAGUCAAGCUUCUCUCUUUUUGAGGCCACAAGGAAGCAGAAGCACACUUCUUCAGGAAAUCAGGUUUGAGAAAGGAAAGGCAGGGAACCAUCCAUCUUUCUGCUGGCUAAACACACUCCCGGAGAAGCCAGAUUCUGGUGCUUUCACAGUAAAGAUAAGGUCAUAAAAGUCCUAUUUGCUUGGAGAUUUUGAAAAAGGAACCCCAUUUCCCUAAAGCAAUUAAGUUCAGCCUUUGGAUAAUUUUUUUUUAAACUUGUUUUUUUUGUUUUUCUCUGGAUUUGGGUGUGAUGUAAGAAGAGCUUUUUAGUUUUGUUUUGAAUAACAUCAAUCCUUGCACACUCUAUGCAAAAAUUUUGUAAGCAUUGCAAUAAUGCUAUGAAUUACAAGGAACUAUUUUAACUUUAUUAAACUUUCUGUAUAAAAAAUUUGUAUUUAAUAUUAUUUCAACUGCAGUCUUGUAAAGUAUAUUAAUAAAAAUAAUGAUUGGUAAGAAGGAAA